CAUCUGUCUAUCCACAUCCACACGUAGAGAGAGAGACAAGUACAGCCAGUGAAACUCGACGAGACCAGCCAUGGUAGCAAGGGCUCAGCCUGAUCGGAAACAAUUACCGCUGGUCCUACUGAGAUUGCUUUGCCUUCUCCCUACAGGGCUGCCAGUCCGCAGCGUGGAUUUUACCCGAGGUACCGAUAACAUCACCGUGAGGCAGGGGGACACAGCCAUCCUCAGGUGUUAUGUAGAAGACAGAAGCUCCAAGGUGGCCUGGUUGAACCGUUCUGGCAUCAUUUUUGCUGGAGAGGACAAGUGGUCCCUGGACCCUCGAGUAGAGCUGGAGAAGAGAAACCCCCUGGAAUACAGCCUGAGGAUCCAGAAAGUGGAUGUCUACGAUGAGGGGUCCUAUACGUGUUCAGUGCAGACACAGCAUCACCCCAAGACCUCCCAGGUUUACUUGAUCGUGCAAG